GUUAGAGGAAAUGCUGGGGCAACGGCUACACAUUGGUGGGGGCGAGCACUGCAUGUGGCGGGAGCAGGCGAUUUUACCGACAUCGGAGGGCGGGUCGACGAGCAGGUGUUGAAUGAGGAAGAAGAAAACCGUGGUCCGUUGGAUAUUGAGAGAAAUUCAACUGAAUUCAUCAUUUUUUUGACAGCUGUUCAAUAGCCAACCCAAUAUUAUUUUUGAGAAUGAAAUAAUUAAUCAAUUAAAGACCUAAUUAGCUAGUUUGUGCAAGAAAUUGUAAAUUUGUUUGAGUUUCCUAGAAUACUACUAAUUAAUACUCACUCCGUCCCAUAAUAUAAGAACGUUUUUUAUAUUAAUGUAGUGUCUACAACAUUUUUAUAUUACGAGACGGAGGGAGUAUUAAUUAAAUAAUACUGUAUGUUUUAGGAGGGACAGCGGGCACAGGGAGACGAUGUUGGUGCCGGCACACCGGAUGGGUAACACCGAGCUUCCACCGGACGACGGCUACACGUGGCGCAAGUACGGCCAGAAGGACAUCCUCGGCUCCAGGUUCCCCAGGAGCUACUACCGGUGCACCCACAAGAACUACUACGGGUGCGACGCCAAGAAGAAGGUGCAGCGCCUGGACGACGACCCCUUCAUGUACGAGGUCACGUACUGCGGCAGCCACAGCUGCCUCACCUCCACCACCCCGCUGCUCAACUUUCCCACCGCCACCGCCACCGCCACAGCCACCGCUACCAACUCUCCGACCGCCGCGACAGGCUCCGGCCUCGCCCCUGCGGACCACUUCAUGACACAGACCGACCAGGCGGCGGUGUCGACAUCAAUGCACCUCGGCGUCGGCUGGAUGCCGGCAAGCUUCCAGGGCGUUGUGGCAGCGGGCUCCGGCGCCGGCGUGCAGACGAGCGUGUCCACCGCAGCGAGGGACACGGAUUACCCGGCGCUGGAUCUCGCCGACGUCAUGUUCAACUCCGGCGGUAGCACGGCCAUCAGCUUGGACGGCAUCUUCUCUUCUCAUCAUCGAAGUGAUAGCUAGAAGGACGGCCAUAUGCAAGGAAUGAUCUGGAUUAUUCGUUCUCAUAGUCGAUUUCGUACGUAGAGAAGUAGCUAGCAUGAUUUAUGUCUGGUUGCCCGUCGUUAAUUUGAUUUACUUAUACAUAGUUGUAGCCUCUGUUAGACUAAUUAGCAAUUUUUGAUGUCGUUUAUUCAGAUAUAAAUUACUUUACAGCUGUGGUAGAAAUAUUGAUCUUGAUCUUAUAUGCGGAAGUUCACAUAUGGAACACUGAACUAGCACAUCUACAGAAUUUGCAAGAACAACAAGCGCAUGAAACAAUAACAGGGUGAUUAGAUGCCUUGGCAGUUUUCCUCCCUUCCCCUGGCAUGUCAAAAACUCAAUAAAGUCAAGGGCACCGA